UCAACAACAUUGAUUGAGUCAAGGUGUACUCUAUGCCAUCGUGAUAAUAAAUAUAAAUGACCAAUUGGAAUUCGGUGUGAAUUAAAAACCGAAAGUUGAACUUUUCGUGGUCAAUGUAAUAUUAAGACGUACAUAUGAGUGUUGGACCGACAUUACACACACACCAAAAUAUACUGUCAAUAUUGGUUCGGAAAAUGAUUUCCCCUUUUUCUAUUCGUGUCUAUCCCUUAGACAAUUCUAAACACAUACUGACGGCGAUUGUUUUAAAUGAUAUCGGAAAAAUAAAUAAUAUCCAUCGAUUUUUUUUUAGUUGUUGUGUCGGGUUUGAGUGUAUCCCUGAAACGGACACUUGUGUCGUUCAUGUGUUUGCAUGGACAAUUCGAUACUCCGUUAUGUGUUAGUUUGUUUUGUUUUCGUUAUGUCGAGCAAGUAACAUAUGGAACAAUAGCGAAUCCAUACACAUAUAAAGUCAUUUUAUUCGGUGUGAAUGUCUUUUUGUCGGAAUAAAUAUUUUAUUGGUCAGUUGAAGUGAGUCAGUUUAUGAUAUUGCGACGAUUGUGUAUCGUUCCGAACUUCGUUGUUUCGAACGAUUGGUUCGUGUAUCCAUCAGUCGAUGUACAACCAAACAACUGUUUGAAAGUAGUUUUUCUUCAGUGUUCUUCGCAGUCUAAUAAUUUUUCCACACUUUUUUCUCAGUUAGUUAGUUUAAGACAUUAAAAAGCAGUUUAAUGCAAUUUAUGUUAAAUUUUUGGAGGUGAUUUGAUACAAAAUUUAGACAAUUAAGCAUUUUAAUACUAGAAAAAAAAAACGAAACUACGUCAAAUGAAAGCGAAUGUACAGAGUGGGAAAAUGGAACGAUAUGAAAAGCUCAGUCGUUUGGGCGAAGGUUCUUAUGGUGUGGUUUACAAGUGUCGCGAUCAUGAGACUGGAGGUCUAGUUGCUGUUAAACGAUUUGUCGAAUCUGAAGAAGAUCCAGCUAUUAGGAAAAUUGCACUGAGGGAAAUUCGAUUGCUUAAGAAUUUAAAGCAUCCGAAUUUGGUUUCACUGCUGGAAGUUUUUCGCCGAAAACGGCGCCUGCAUUUAGUAUUUGAAUUUUGUGAACACACUGUGCUACACGAAUUGGAACGUAAUCCACAAGGUUGUCCUGAUACGUUGACAAAACAAAUCGUAUAUCAAACGCUGAACGGCGUGGCUUAUUGCCACUCACAAGGAUGUCUGCAUCGGGACAUAAAACCGGAAAAUAUUUUACUCACUGCUCAAGGACAAGUUAAACUAUGUGAUUUUGGCUUUGCACGAAUGUUGAGCCCAGGUGAAAACUACACCGAUUAUGUUGCUACACGAUGGUACCGAGCUCCAGAACUAUUAGUAGGAGACACUCAGUAUGGAACACCAGUAGAUGUUUGGGCUAUUGGAUGUGUUUAUGCGGAAAUGGUUCGUGGAAAUGCACUGUGGCCAGGCCGAAGUGACGUUGACCAAUUGUAUCUCAUUCGAAAGACCAUUGGUGACAUUUUGUCAAGGCAUCAAUUGAUCUUCAGUCAAAAUGAGUACUUUGGAGGAAUAUCUCUACCAGUGCCACCAGUUAUUGAAGGAUUGGAGUCUAAGUUCCCGUCGAGAGUACUCAAGCAUCCUGAAAUGUUGGACUUUGCAAGGAAAUGUUUGGACAAAGACCCGGCAAAACGAUGGUCAUGCGAGCGUUUAAUGAACCAUCCGCUAUUUGAAGACUAUUUAGCCAAGCAUAGAGAUGAUUCAGUCGAGCAUCCUGACUCAUACAAGUCGAUUCGCUCACGCGAUAAAUCGAAGUCAUCAAACACAUCGUUGCCGAUGAUCGUAAAUACGCAAGACAUAAAUGCCAAUCUGAAACAGAUGCCGAAAAUCUAUUCGACACAACCAACUGAGCACUAUUUGCCUUCAAUUUAAAGAGGGAAAAAUAGACAAUUCUGGAAAUUAUUUAAAUGCAUCCGUUUCUAAUUUGUAUUAAUUUUGUGGAAAAUUGGUUAAUGCGCUUCUUGUGAUCGACCUCAAAAAGGAAUCCGUUUAUUUUUAUAGUAAAAUAUUGCAACGUAUUCAAGUCGACUACAUUCCUGCGUAUUUUUCACCGAAAAAUAUUCUAGUUGAAGUAUUCUCUGAUUUUAAGCACUGAAUUUUCUCUUUUGAUCUGAAUAAGUAAACCUGUUAACAGCAUGAUAAUAAUAAUAAGCUAUUCAUUGAAUAACAACACAUUAUGUACUUGUCUUGUUUAGUGAAAA